AGUCAACAACCCCCAAAAGCUAGGAAUCACAGUGGACCAUUUCCCAUUUCCAAAAAGAUUGAGAAGAAGAAGGAAGAAGAGAGGGAAAGGCAAUCAAUCCGCUGCAGGUUUUGAUAUCUCUCCCAAAGGGGCGCACCUGAGAACAGAUUCACAACCAUGUGGAGAAGGCUCUCUAUCCAGCUUCUUCGAUCCGCUCCGAAAUCCGGCCGAUUCGCCGCCGCGCCAUCGUCAUCCACGUCGUCGUUCGCGGCCGCGCUCCGCCCUUCCUUAUCCGUUCACUCUCGCGGAUUCGGCGCCGAUUCAGCAAGUGGCGCUGUGAAGAAGCGAGUGGAGGAUGUAAUGCCUAUUGCUACCGGUCACGAACGUGAAGAGAUCGAAGCGGAGCUUGAAGGGAAGAAGCUUCUUGAUAUCAACUAUCCUGAAGGUCCUUUUGGCACAAAGGAAGCACCUGCUGUCGUCAAGUCUUACUACGACAAAAGAAUUGUGGGGUGCCCAGGAGGUGAAGGCGAAGAAGAGCAUGAUGUUGUUUGGUUUUGGCUGGAGAAGGGCAAGCCGCAUGAAUGCCCUGUGUGCUCACAAUAUUUUGUGCUUGAGGUUGUUGGCCCGGGAGGUCCUCCGGAUGGUCAUGGCGAUGAAGACGAUCACUAAAACUCACGAUGGUUUUUUUCGGCCAGAAAAUGUGUUUUGCUGACUUGAAAGUCAGAGACUUCGUUUUUUCUUUUUUGUUUGGUCCUCUAUUCAAUAGUUUUUUUCUCACAUUUAAAGGCUUAAACGUGUUUCUGGCCAUGGGAGGAAUUGAUGUGCUCCGUAAUUGCAUAGUUAUUGAAUAAUUGAUUUCUUUGGUAUGCAUUAUACUAUGAGCGAAUCAUUCCCUUCAUUUUUUUUUGCGUUGACUAGGCUCUCAAGAUUCUUCAUUCUGGCACACCGUAAAACUUCACGUAAUCCUUAAUUUCAAAUGCUAUUAGACCAGACAAUUGUUUUUUCAUUGGAGACACGGCCUAAAGUAGUAAAUUAGGCUCCGUUUC